AUGGGCAAUACUUUGAUCGAAGAUAAAGGAAAAAUCAAUCUGAUGAAAACAUUUGAAACUUACUACACUGAAUAGGAGAUAGGUACACGCUAGACAUUAUUCUUUGAAAACAAAUUGUUUAAGACUUUGACUUAUAAAUGGCAUUAGCAAACUCUUCUCCUAAAAGUACAUUUGAUGAGAAAACAAAUUACGCUUUCAGAAUUGCAUAUACAUACUUAAAAUUUCCAAUAUUUGAUUGAGCAAUUGAAAAAUUCUCCAAAUUUAAUGCCAUUCCACAAUCUAAUAAAUUUUGGUAGUACACCAAAACCAUAACCCUCUGAAGCUCUAAUAGAAUGCAAUAAAGAUUAUCUAGCAGUAUCUAGAUAAUUUCUAUACUUAACUUUAGAAGAACGAUUAUAAUCAAAUUACAAAUUGCCAAAAUGUUUAUUGAACUUUUAUGCCCUUCAAUUUUUAAGUGCUGUAAAUACAUUACAUAAACGAAACUUAUAUCAUGGACAUAUACGUUCUUCAAAUGUUUUACUAACUAGUCUUGAUUUUCUAAUUCUUGCUGAUUUUGCUUCCUAUAAACCAACCUAUCUAAAUGAAUUAGAAAUCAUCAGAAAUAUUUAUAAAUCAUCUAUUUAAAAGUGUACACUUGCUCCUGAGAAAUAUUCUGAUCUUUAAGAAGUUCAAUACAUAAAUAAUCUGACUAAAGGAUAACUUAAUAAUUUAUAAGCAAUGGAUAUGUUUUCAGUUGGAUGUGUAUUAGCAGAAAUCUUUACUGGAGAAAGUCUAUUUUCAUUAGAAUAGUUAUUAUAAUUUAGAAAAGGUGAAUAUGAACCAAUAAUAAAAAUUGAAGGAGUGAUAGGUGAUUUAAUUAGAAAUCUAAUUUCUCUUAAUCCAGAUAUAAGAUAUAAUUCAGAGAAAGCCCUAUAAUUAUUCUAUAAUGAAAUUUGUUCAAGUUAAACAUAUGAAUUAUUAUAAUACAUAAGUGUUGCUUUGAAUGUAAAUGGAUAUUUCAUGUAACCUGAUGCUCGUAUUGCAUUGUUAAGAAAGAUUAUUUCAACAAUUGAAAGAAAAUAAUUUACAUAUUCACUUCCAUUACCUAUGUAAUUUAUUAAUUUAAGUAAAUUUAAUUUGAUCUGCAGAGAUUUUGAAACACCUCGUAAAACUGUAUAAAUUUAAUUCACAAGUGGAACGAGUUUAGCUGAAAUAAUAGCUAAUUCUCUAGAAAAUUCAGGAAAUCUAAUUUAAAGAGAAUUCAAAGAAGUUCAUUAAGAUACUUAAUCUGUUUCUGUACAAGUUUCAAUGGUUUAAAAACUUAAACAAUCAAUAUAAUAAUAACCUGAUCUAACUGGAUCAAGAUAAAACUUAAGAAUGAGUACAUUUACUAAUAUUGAUAUUAGAUAGAACAAUUAAGAAUAUAUUAUUAUUAUAUUAUGGAUUUCAAAUUAAAUUAGAAAUUCUAGAUUUAUGUAAACAAGAUUGUGUGGAUUAGAAUUGAUAGAAUUCUUAUGUUAAUAUGUUGAUGAUGAAUUAAUUUAUAAUUUUCUUAUGCCUUGUUUAGGAAUUCUUUGUGAAGAUUCAGAUUCUUAAGUAUAAUUCUAUGCUUUUUCAAUUAUGUUAAAUCUACUCAAGAAUAUUAAGAAUCCACCAUAAUCAUCAACUGAUACACUUAUUUUUAAACUUUACAUUUGGGAACAAAUAAAAAAUAGGAUGAAUGAUAUGAGUACAAACCAUCAAUUAGCUUUAAAAAUUGGAGAUAUUGCAGAAAUCUUACACAAAUUUAACAGAUUAGAUGAAAAGAUUCUAUUCUUAUAAAUAAUUUAAAAGAAGUUUUAAGAUAAUAGGAUUAAUGAACUUACUCUAAUAAUUUCUAAGAUUAAUGAAGUACUCAAAUACUAUGAAUGUAAUUAAACUAUAUAAAUUUUAACACUUCUCAUUUCUCAAAUCAAUACUACUAAUCUAAAGAUAACUUUACUUGAUGUAUUAAUUGAUAUUUAUAAAUACUAUUUGAAAAGUUAAAAUAGUGAUAUAAUCUUAUAUUGUCUUCAAUUUAAUACUCGAUAAGAAAGUGCAUUAUUUAGAAUGAUUCGAUUUGUUAGAUAGGCUACUGAAGAAGAGCUUCUGGAUUUUAAUAGAGUAUAAUAAUAUGUAAAAGAAAUCUCACCUUUGAUUUUGCAUCAUAAUCGAUGGAUUAGAGAAGAGGCUUAAGAAUUCAUUGCAAUCUUACUAAAAAGAUAUAGUAAUUAAGAUAGUAAAAAAAUCUUUUUCCUUUUUCAACCUCACAUCAAAAAGUAUUUAAAAUUAGAUGUUCCAAUAAUUAAUUAAGAGAUAUUUUUAUCACUAAUUUAAAAACCUACCUGUUCUAAAUGGUUUGAGUAAAAGUUUUAAAAUGAUCCAAGAUAUCCACCAUUAACGGAAAGAGAAAUCUAUAAUUAUAAUAAUUAUUAUGAAGAAUAUUUUAAGAGAUCCAAAAAUAUUUAAGAAGCACCACUAUAAUAAUAAAUUUAAAAGACUUAAUAUCCUAUAGCAAAGAUGAAUUUACGUGUUAAUGAUUUUAUUGAAGCUGCUUUUCGAGCUAGCUUAAUGUAAUUAGAUUAAAAUAGAUGGCAAGAUUUUUUAGAGAAGGGAGGCAAAUAAUAAACUUGGGAAGAAUUUGUAUAAUAUGUUAGAUUACGUUUUGCUUUUGAAUUAUAAAAUAAGUAGGAUAAUUAAUUGACCAAAAAUAAAGUAAAAUAUUUACAAGAAUUAUAAUUUUAAUUGUAAUAUGAAGUACCUCAAUCAAGUACAUAAUGGAUAAAUCUUUUGAAUUACAAUAUAAUAGCUACUUAAAUAAUAAUAAAAUCAUAACAAUUAUAAAUUUAAGAUUUAUAAUUUUAAAGAUAAAUUUAUCAACCAAUAACUAGACCUUUUAAAAUCAGUAAUUAAAUUGUAACAACAAUAUCGGAACAUAAAGGUAUAGUUACUUCAUUGUAGAAAUUUGGUGAUUAAAGAAGAUUUAUUUCUGGAUCAUAUGAUGGUACUGUUCGUGUUUACGAUAUGAAGAAGCUUGAAGAAGACUUUACUUGUGGAAGUGUGGCUUAAAUAAAAAUUAGUAAAGGAGAUGUUUAGAGCAGAGUAUCUGCAUUAUGUGCAUUAGAAGGAACUGAUAGUUUUUUGGUUGGUACAAAUACUGGAAGUGUAAGUUUGUAUAAAAAUGAUUGUCAUACAAGUACAUUUCUUAAAGGAGAUUCUGAAAUCAGAAAAAUUGUUGAUUAAGAAAAUACAUUUAUGUAUGUAACAGAAAAGGGUACUCUCAAGAUUGAAGACAUAAGAAGUAGGAAUGGAUAAAGUUUUAAUAUUGGAAGAUAACGUGGAUUGGUAUCAAGCAUGGUACAUGAUAAUAACACAACUUUAAUAGGUACAAUAAAUGGAUAUUUGAUAUUAUAUGAUAUAAGAAGUACAAUGAUUGUAAAUUUGUUUUAAUUAUUGAAUCAUGAUGAUUAGGCAUUACCAAUAUUUAGUUUAGCAUUUAUGAAUAGAGUAUCUUAAUUUGAGGGUAUGAGUAAUGAUAGUUAGAAAUUGGUAGGUAUAGGAUAUUAAAGCAAUAAUAAUGAGGUAGGAUUUUGGGAUUUAAAUAAAUAGAAUGAGGAUUUGAAUCCUGCUUUAUUUUUAUAUUGUUCAGAUAAAAAGCAUCCAAUAAUUGAAACACCUAGAUUAUAGAGUGUAUUGAAAUCAGAAUAAUUUAUAAAUCAUAACAAUAAUUUAUAAACAUAAUGUCAUUAUGAUUUUUUGAAUAAGAGUUAUGAGGUUGAUUUGAUAUCAUAUUUGAAAGAUCCGUUGACAUAAUCAGAAAGAGCUGCAAAGGAUCGUUGGUUACGUGGUACUAAGAACUUAUAUAUAAAUUUGAAAUCAGCAUUUGAAUGUAAGAGUACAGUGACUUCAUUAAUAUGUUUGAAUUCAAGGAUAGAUAAUCAAAGAUAGGAGAAUACAUUUAUAACAGCAAGUACAGAUAGAAGUAUUUAGAGUUGGACAUUGAAUAGUGAUAUAUCAAAACAACAAGACAAAAAUAAUGAUAGGGUAUUAUUGAUGAUUAAUAAUAUAAUAGGAAUAUUAAACAAAUAUAAUAAGUAGUCCUUUUAAUUCAAUUCGUAGAUUUAAAUAAUGUCCAAGUGGUGAUGUAUAUGUGAUAUAGGAUUAUGAAUUUAAGAAUUAAAGUAAUACAGGUAAUUCAUUUGAACACAAGGAUUGCAUAACAGAUAUGAUAUAUUUAGAUCAUGAAAAUAGUUAUUUGGUUACAGCAAGUCGAGAUCGCACAGUAAAGAUUUGGAAAUGAAUAUAAUAAU